CUUCCCUCACUGCUGCUAGCACAAGAACUAGGGCUUCUGUUUUCAUGUCCGUCCACAGAAACACGAUGUCUUAUUUAUAGUUCUGUAUCGUCCGUGUGGCAUUAGUUUUAGACCCAAAGUGGCGAGCUUGCAUGGAACGUUCGUGAAGCGCUGAUGUGAUGGAUGUCCGGUGGCGCUAGUCUGACGCGCGCGGUGACACAUGCGCGUCUGUCGCUCGCAGCGCAUCGCAGCAAUCUACAAUCGGUCGUAAUAAGACAGUAUAACCUCACUGAUCGGUGGCCGGUGGAUUAAUGUUGUCGACAGGAAACUCUCUCACCGUAGAAAUUCAGCUCAUGGCAACACCUGCAGGACUAGAGGCAUGCUGCACAUAAUGGAAAAUCAACCCUGAUCUGUCUCCAGAGACCUCCCUACUCGGCACGCAUCCACUCCCAGUGCCUCGACCCCACGCAGCGAACGUUGCCCUCGCACACUCCCACAGGAAGCACAGUGAAGCGGGCCACGGCGGCCAGACGGCGCGCGGGAGCAUGGAGGUGGGCAUGCGCGUGGUCCGCGGAGUGGAUUGGAAGUGGGGUAACCAGGAUGAAGGCGAGGGUCAUGUGGGCACGGUGGUGGAGAUCGGGCGUCAGGGCAGCACCACUACACCCGACAAAACUGUGGUGGUGCAGUGGGACAGCGGGACACGCACCAAUUACCGCACCGGCUACCAGGCCGCGUAUGACCUGCUUCUGUACGACAAUGCACAGAUAGGUGUCCGACAUUCAAAUAUCAUUUGUGACAGCUGUAAGAAGCACGGCAUUAUGGGAAUGCGCUGGAAGUGUAAGGUGUGUUUCGAUUAUGACCUGUGCACUCAAUGUUACAUGAACAACAAGCAUGACCUGACGCACGCCUUCGAGCGCUACGAGACGGCACAUUCACAACCAGUGAGCUUGACGCCACGACAGAACCUGUCCAGAAUCAUUCUGAAGGGAAUCUUCCAGGGCGUGAAGGUGGUCCGAGGACCUGACUGGGACUGGGGCAAUCAAGACGGAGGAGAGGGAAAGGUUGGGAAGGUGGUAGACAUUCGUGGUUGGGAUCAGGAAUCAGGCCGCAGUGUGGCGAGUGUCACAUGGACCAACGGCACCACAAACGUCUACAGGAUGGGUCACAAGGGGAAGGUGGAUCUCAAAUACGUGUCUGAUGUUCAAGGAGGAUUCUACUACAAAGAACAUCUGCCCAAAUUAGGAGAGCAUGCGGAGCUGCAGCGGCAGGAAAGUGCAGACACUCACUCGUUUCAGCAGGGUGAUAAGGUCAAGUGUCUCCUGGAGGUGGACAUACUCAGACAAAUGCAAGAGGGACACGGAGGCUGGAACCCCAAGAUGGCUGAGUACAUCUCCAGAAUCGGGACAGUGCACCGAAUAACAGACCGUGGAGAUGUGAGAGUCCAGUACAGCAACAACAUACGCUGGACAUUUCAUCCUGGAGCUCUGACCAAAGUGAAUACGUUUGCGGUGGGUGAGCUGGUGAAGGUUCUUGAUGACAUUGACAGUGUGAAGAGGUUACAGGUCGGUCAUGGAGAGUGGACAGACAGUAUGGCUCCAGCUUUGGGACAGGUUGGGAAGGUGUUGAAGGUGUAUGCAGACGGUGACCUGCGUGUGGCAUUCGGAGGUCAGACGUGGACCUUUAACCCCGCGUGUUUGUCCGCUCAGCCCGGUGAGGUCGAUGCCAAUCUGAUGACCGCUGAGAACUCCAGCGAAUCAGGAAGUACGGUUAUUUCAGUCCUGGAGAAGUUGCUGUCUCAGUCCACAGAGCAGGAUCAUCCAGGACGGCUGGUCAUCGAGGCGGCGCAUGGCAGUGCCGUUAAAGUGCGUGAACUGGUGCAGAAAUACCCCGACAAGGUCGAUAUAAAGAACCAGGGGAAGACGGCUCUGCAGGUGGCCGCUCAUCAAGGUCACUUGGAGGUGGUGAAGGUUCUCCUGCAGGCCAACAGCAGCAUUGAAGCUAAAGAUGAGGAUGGAGAUGCCGCGCUACACUACACUGCCUUCGGGAAUCAGGCAGAGAUUGCGCGUCUGUUGCUCAGUAAAGGAGCCAGUGUGAAUCUGUUGAAUAACUCCAUGUGUACAGCUCUGCACAUCGCUGUCAAUAAAGGUUUCACCGAUGUUGUGAGAGUGCUGACAGAACACUCGGCUGACAUCAACCUGCAGGACUCGUAUGGAGAUACACCAUUACAUGACGCCAUCGCUAAAGACUUCAGAUGCAUCAUCGAGAUUCUCACUGUGGUGCCCAACAUUGAUUUCACCCAAAAGAACAACCGUGGCUUUAACCUGCUGCAUCACGCCGCCCUCAAAGGCAACAAACCAGCAACAGAGAUGAUCUUGGCGCGAGCACGACAGCUGGCUGACGUUAAGAAAGAAGAUGGUUUCUCUGCGCUGCAUCUGGCCGCCUUGAACAACCACCGUGAUGUAGCUGAGAUACUCCUCAAAGAGGGUCGCUGUGACAUCAACAUCCGGAACAAUCGCAAUCAGACACCGCUGCAGUUGGCCGUGACUCAGGGUCAUGUGGCUCUUGUGAUGCUGCUGGUGACGGAGGGUGCAGACGUGAACGCGGAGGAUGAGGAUGGAGACACGGCCAUGCACACGGCCCUGAGCAGACAACAGCUGACAGCCGUCAUGAGCACUGGCGAGGGCGAGGGAUCCAUUCUGUAUGGCAGGUUGUGCAGCUCAGGUCUGAUGGGGAACACAGAACUGAAUGUUGGCGCUGCUAUCGCGUGUUUCCUGGCACAGGAAGGGGCUGAUAUCAGUUAUGCCAAUCAUAAAGGUAAAAGCCCUCUGGAUCUCGUGACAGACACCACAGUACAACAACUCAUCAGGAGCUUCGCCGAGAAACGCAGACUUCAGGUGGUCACGUGCGGGACGGGUACGAGCAGCAGCAGUCUGAGGCACGUUCACACCACACCCAACACCAUGACUAACCUGGCCGUGCCGAGUGUGAUGGGCCCCAGCGAGUGCCUCAUCUGCUCUGAGCUCGCACUCCUCGUGCUCUUCUCUCCUUGUCAACACAGCGUCGCCUGCGAGGAAUGUGCUCACAGAAUGAAGAAAUGUAUCCGGUGUCAGGUGACAAUAACAAAGAAAAUUCGACAAGACCAAACGGAGGUGGAGUGCAGCCCCAGUUCAGAGAACUCAGAGCAGCAUAACCUGCUGGAGCAGCUGCAGUCACGUUACAGACAGAUGGAGGAGCGCAUCACCUGUCCCAUCUGCAUUGACAACCACAUCAAGCUGGUGUUCCAGUGCGGCCACGCGUCCUGCAUCGACUGCAGCGCCACGCUCAAAACCUGCCCCAUCUGCAGACAGACCAUCCACGAGAGAAUCCAGCUGUUUGUCUGACAGACGGCGAGUGCAUGUCGUGUCCAAUCAGAGUGAAGGACGGUUGGCUGUUUGCACUUCAUAGUCUGUCCUGUCGAGCGUCUUCAUUUAGCCAUUAUACUGAAUGGUGCCGCCCAAAAGUGCUGGACCAGUGAACGGAGGGCGGUAUAUGGCGUUUGGUUUUGUUUGACAACACUUGCUUGUCUCUGUGUGUAUCAUCUCGUACAUCAUUGGAGGUUUUCAGCGAUGGACAAGAGAAAAUGUGAUUCAGGAGAGUUUGGACUCAGUGAUGGAUUUGUGUAAUAUGUUUCUUGGCGAGUGGCGUGAUGAAGUGUAGAGCAGUCUGUUUAUUGGUUCAUUAGAGAUCACCAGAUGUACUCCAGAGCAAACCACAACACUUACAUACUCUGCAAAAGACCCAAUUCUUCUGGAUAAUGUCUCUGGGAGCGUCUCUUCUUUAACCGAUCUGUGAGUAGAUUAGUAGAAUCAGAGCACUAUGGGUCAAUCUCACCUAACCUGUCGAGAACAAUGCAAGAUUUUUUGCAUUGUGAAUUUGUGACAAAUAUUUUAUUAUUUUUGACCCUUUCCACCCCAAUUCUUUACUGGAAUUCACAAAAUCUCACUGCAAUGUGAAGUAAAUUUACUUUGUAAAAAAUGCCAGAAAUUUAUGUUGCUUUAAAUGAAAUGUUCUUUACUGUAAUACAUUCUAAAAUUAGCUGAAUUACAGAAAUGAGAGUACAAUGAGAAUAAAAAUAUAAAAAUAAAAUAAAAACUUUUGUACUUAAUUGUCAUGAAAUCUUUAAUUUAUUCUGAUUUAAGAAAAAUCGAUUUAUGCUGAUAUAAGUAAAAGGUAUCUUUAUUGUAAUUCAGAAAAGAUGACUGCAGAGAAUCCUCAAUGAGAUUAAUGAGAAUUACAAACAAACUCAAAACUAAAACAUCUGAACGCUUAACAGUACUGAGAGUUUGGAGGGGAAAUGCUCCUAAUUGUCAUGAAAUAAAGUCACAAAGCAAAAAAUCAUAAUAGUCCUAAAAUUGGCUUUGUUUUCUUUUUGCCAUGAAUAAUUUCAUAUUUUUGGGGGUGAAUUGUGACCCGGACAUGUUUUCACCCAAGAGCCACCUCUAUUUGAAUUAAAUGAGUAGAAACCCGUCUCCUGUAUGUUGAUCCAGGGCUGGCUGCUUUCCAGACCUCUAUCUCACUCCUCAAACACUAUCGUAAAGCAAUCUGAGGUCAGUCUAAUCCACAUCUAACAGUCGUAUCCCAGCAUUCCUGUGAAUGCCGUUGAAACGGUCCACUAUGUUCUUUUCAGUCCACGCGUCAUUUGGGACGUUUGCCAUUGUUUGUGAGGUGAUGCACAUGUACAUGUACCAUAUGCCUGUACCACGAGCAAGAGAUAUACAUAAAAAUGCAUGCUGGUGAGCAUAUUAUCUAAGACAAAUAUUGUGUCAUGGAGACCAUUUGUAGUGUAAUACAUACGGGCGUAUUUUCUACUCAUGUGAUGACGGCUGUCUGACAGAAAGUGUUUUUAAGACCCUCAAUAGUAAUCCAGUAGAUUCAUUUGUCAGCAAAGUUGCAGAAUGCUUCCUAAUAUGAGGGGUUAUUUAGUGUCCUUGUGCUUCAUGCAAGUCAAAUUCAAACGUUGAAGGUUUUCAAAGUAAAACAAGCUGUCGCAUGCUGAAUUGGCAUUUAAUCACGUGCAGGAGAUAAAUGAUAGAUAUCAACAAUAGUUCUGUUUUCACUAGUUAAAAUGCUAAUUCUUGAGAGGAAUGCAAUUGGAAUGGAAUUACAACCAGAGAAAAGAUAUCUGUAAAUUAAUUUCAACAUGUUAGAUUUGGUAUUUAACAUAUCAGUAAAUUGAAGAGUAAGUAAAGAUACCAUCAAAUAAUAUUAUAGAUAUCUGAAAAUAACGUUGCCACUAAUGAAAACCAAAUUACAGACAUAAAAAUUAGCAUGUUUACAGUUGUAAUUCAGUUGUUGAUAUUGGGAAUGAACAUUUGCAAUUGCGACUGGAAUUAUUGAUAUUAUAAAUGAUUAUUUUCACUAGAAAAAUUUGGAAUUUCAGCUAGUAAGAAAUGGAUUAUAGAUAUCUGCAAUUGCUUUUGAACAGGAGUGGAUGACAGAUCAUUCUGCUAGUGAAACUGCAUUUACAAUAGAAUAUUUGAAUAGUUUAAAUUCCAUUUUUCAUAUCAAGAAUGUGUAUUUUUGUGAAAUGAGUAAUGAAGUCAUUUUUAAAUAAAGAUUUCAUGUUAUUACUAGUGCAAAUGUAAUCACUGAUAUCAAAAAUAGUCAAGAAUUAGCAUUUUAAGUAGUGAAAAUUGAAUGUUGCAAUAAAUGUUGUAACUGUAAAUUUUACAAGCUCAUCCAUUGGCGAUGCAUGUAAUUCUAUACACAGUACUUGUCUCGUGUAUAUCAUAAACAGUAAUGCGUUGGUAUUGACAUCACACAAGGAGAACAAAAGAAAAUCUGAUCUGAAUUUUAAAUUCUUCAAGGUGAUUACACGACGCAGAUUUACGAUUUGUCAUCACAGACUGAUCGAGCACUCUUAGCUUUUUCAGUCAGAACGAUUUGUGCUCAGAAUUCAUCACUGUUAAAAUAACAUGAAUGUGAGUAGAUAAGAAUUCAGAUUUUUGGGUGAUCUCAAAAUGCUUAUUGCUUUUCGCCAACUAUUACAAUGUAAAAACUGAGUUAGAAAGGCAGUUGAGUGUGCUUUGUAGAGAAGUUUUUGUUUUGUCAUUGUCAGUCAACUAUUUGAAAUGUUCCCCAUAUCCAGCAUGAAUUAGGCUUGUAGCUACUUCAGCUUCGUGCAUCCCCUCCUAUAGUCUAAGUGUCCAUUAUGUGUUUUGUUGCAGAAGGGCUUACUGUAUGCAUUUAAAAAAUGUAUUCUGUUUUAAUGUGUUCAUCGUCUCGUGACAGGGGUUUUGAAGAUCCCAGUUUCAGGAUAGCCAACAUAAAAAUGUAUAUUUGAAUGUUCAAAGUGGUAUCUUGCUGUGCCCCAACCGCUGCAACGUACUGCAGUUUGUGAAAAAGUUGAAGGCGAUAUCAGUGCCAAAAUUCGUCAGCGUGUGCAAAAGAGCACACUUUCUUACAAGAGCGUCAUAUCCAUAUGAAGCCUUUGUAAUAUUCUGAUUUCAUUGAAUUGGUCUGUUCUCGUCAAGAAGUCAUUUUGCUUUGUAAUUUGUCAAAACUGAACAUUUGUGUUGGGUUUUAUUAUUCUUACUAUUAAUUCUCAAUGAAAAGGACAAUGGUUUAACAUCAAAGACAGCCUUCACUUUUGUUACAGUAGAAGGACGGCUUGUUGUUAAGUUUUAAGAAGCUUAUCUGCUACCAACUCUUAAAAUACCAUUUCUGCCCUUUACAGAGAUCAAUUCCACUGGAUAUUACUCUUAAAAGAUUACAAUACCCAUGUUAGAAAUUAUUCCUGUUGAAGUUAUUAUUAUAUACAAAGUAUCCUAGGUUUGAAAGACUAUGUAAAUGGCAAGGCAUCAUGUAAAUCAUGUUAUCAUGUUCAAUCAUUAUUGAGCAUGUGUAUUCAGAUAUAUUUUGGUUCAAAACUGACACUGAAUUCCUCCAUUACUGAAUCAAAAUUAUCAUGUGAAUGUUAGUUAUGUUUGUGAGAAUUCAAAUACAGGAUUGUUUUGUUUGGAAAUUGGAAUAUUGACAAUCUUAAAUCCUUCCAUGUAUGUAUUACAUAUAAAUCAAACAAACAAAAUACAUGUGAGUUGUCAGCAGAUAAGUGCAAAAACAUGGUUGCGGAUUAUAGAAAUUGUAUGUUGAGUUGUGCUCUAAGGAAAGUGUAUGUCAAAAGGUUAUUUAAGCAAAAAAUGUUGUUUGUACAGUUCAGUAUGUGGAGUUCUUGCUGUCCAUUUCCUAUAUUUAUUUUGCUUGUUUUUCUUUCUCAAUUUUUUUUUCCAAGUUUUAUUCUGUAAAAAAUAUUUUGCAGUAAAUAUUGAACUGUUUUAUAAGCAUAUAUGUAUGGUUUUUGUUUUGUUUAUUUAUUGGGAGCUGUAGUGUAGGGAUCGAAGGAUCUCACCAAUGAAUAAAAUGGAUGACUUUA